AUGCUCGCCUUGGAGCGGCCAGCUCGCGAGCAAUCGUACCUCCAGCAGGUUCCCAUGGAUUCAUCCUCCUUUAGCAGCCCGUUAGACUCCUUCGACCAACAACAGCAAGCCCUAUUCGGAGCAUACAGCAAUAACAGCGGCCUCUCAUGCGAUCCUUACCCAUUUAUGCUCCAACAACCCUUGGCCCUGGAUUCUCCGCUACUUUACCCUGCCAAAAGUGAACUAAGGCUUUCGUCGAAGCCUUUGGGAUCGCCAAAGUUUCUCCCACUUUCCCAGCCUGGCGAUCAGUACUCUUCGCUCAGUUCCUCGGCUUCUACCCAUUCCCUCCCCAGCGCAACCAACUCUUCAAUAGGCUCACCUUAUCAAGAUCAGUGGCUUGACAUCGACGUCUCUGUGGGUGCGGAGCAGGUAGCCAUGGUUGGGGAAGGGUACCCGAACGACUUUUUGUCGAAGAGCAUCGACCCCGAGAUGCUAUAUGCCACCGAAAAGUUUUCCACUCCAUACGUCGCCUGCUAUUGUGACUACGCAAAUAGCAAUCCUGCAUUACUACAGCCAAUGCAUCAGAAUAGCAACUUUUCCGGGGUAACUGUCUCGUACCCAGAGGAAUCACAAUAUCCCUUCAUCUCUUCACCCGCAUUUGCUCCACUCUCGCCUCACUCUCUUAGCAUUUCUCAUACCCCUCAGCAGCAACCUCAAGGCAUACCUACAUCCCAAAAACAGGAGAAGCUCGAUGUGAACUCUCCUUUCGUACAGCCGACUAGUUUCUCCACACCUAAGCAAUUCCAAGGGCGCCGGUCAUCAUUAACUUCUAUUCAUUCUCGACCAUCUGCCCGCACAUCCCCGAUCAGAAAUGAAGCCGAGGAAGAUAAUAACGAGAAAGGAAGAUGUCCUCAUCCAGACUGUGGCCGUGUCUUCAGAGAUCUCAAAGCUCAUAUGCUCACCCACCAAUCGGAACGCCCUGAAAAGUGCCCGAUUGUGACAUGUGAAUACCACCUGAAAGGAUUCGCAAGAAAAUACGAUAAGAAUCGUCACACCUUGACACAUUAUAAAGGAACUAUGGUUUGUGGUUUCUGCCCUGGAUCAGGCUCUGCAGCGGAGAAGAGCUUUAACCGUGCGGAUGUAUUUAAACGCCAUCUCACAACGGUUCACGGCGUGGAUCAAUCUGCUCCUAACGGCAGGAAGAAAACGCCACCCUCCGUCCCCAGUGGUAAACUCUCGAGUUACUGUCAGGAUGCAACCGGGAAGUGUUCGACCUGUACUGCGACUUUCUCAAGUGCCCAGGACUUCUAUGAACAUCUGGAUGACUGUGUCUUGAGGGUAGUUCAGCAAGAAGAACCCUCUGAGGCCAUUAACUCCCGAAGGCUGACGGAGAUUGCAUCCGACCAAGCUGUUCGCGACACAAUGGAGCGACACAUGCUUCUCGAAACAAAUAUUUCCCACAUCGAAGGGAGUGAAGACAUUGACGAGGGUGUCGAAAAGCAAAACGACUCUUCCAACACGCCCAUGAAAGGUGUCCUCUCUAAAUCUAACCCUACCAGUAGUAAGGUUACCAAGACUCGUGCCGCCGUCUCAAGACGUCGAAAUAAUCGAAACAACUACCCUCCAUCAUGGAGCUGUCCCAACAACAAAAUGAAGAUGAAGCGACGCCUUCUCUGUCUCUACGAUGGCCCUCGCCGCCUAUGGAAGGAUGAGAUGAUGCUUGACAACGAGUUUGAAGUCCGCCUCAAACUCCCUACGAACGACUACAUGGGCCGAGAAGCAUAUGUCACUGACCUUGAUAUCGAAACUCUUAAGCGUUCAGAAGGCGUGCACGGUGCUACUGAGGAAGAAAAGGGUCCGUGGAUCAAGGAUCCCAACACACGAAAUGGCCUUAUUGGGCCCACGGCAGUUCCGGUCACUGAGCACCCUAUGGCAAUUGGCGAUGAGCUUAACAUCGACGAUCUAAUGGCAUAA